AUGGCCUCCUCCUGCGGUGGUAAGUUGUGAUUUUGAAAGCCAUGAAAAUAAUAGUUUCUCACCCCUCUCCUCUAUCUGAAAAUAAUUACCAGGUGGAAGCCAGUCUAAUGAUGUGCUUCCACCAUAUUGUUUUCACCAUUCACGUCUAUUCCCAUCAGUCCAGGUGACAGGAGACGCAGUGUUUUUUUUCCCUUGGGGGAGCCCAAGUUAAAUGUCCACACAGUGGCCCUCUUUUGUCUCUACCCCCAUCUCCCUGUAGUGUUCACUUUCCUGUCCUCUUCCCUCAUGGAAGGAUUAGUAUUUCAGUUUUACCAGACAAGUGCCCCAUUCACUUAGAAACCUCUAAUGUCAGCAUGUAUGUAUCCCUCACCUGGACUUCAUAUAUGUGUAUAUACUGCAUUCUAGUCUUGGCUCGUCCUAUAUAACUACUGCUCCUGUACAGUUUCUAUGAAUAUACUGGCUAUACACACUUUUUUAAUAUUUAUUUCUGGACUCUGGCAUUGCUCGUUCUGACCUGCGGUAGCAUUUGUGUGCGCAACCAAUUAACUUUGAUUUGAUAACAAAUGCAUAAUUUGUCCCCUCCUAGAUAUUCAGGUUAAGGAGAUUGACAAACGUGCGUCUGGCCAAGCGUUCGAGGUGAUCCUGGGCACUCCAGCUGCAGAUGCCAAGGGAGAGUUCCCCCUGUCUCCUCCUAAGAAGAAGGACUUGUCCCUGGAGGAGAUCCAGAGGAAACUGGAGGCUGCAGAGGAGAGGCGGAAGGUAGGUCGUGCUCCAGUUAAAAAUACUAUACUGAACCUUUUGCCUAUGGAUGUGCUCUUGAGCCAAAAGGGGUCCUCUAAAGGUAAAACUAUUGUUCAGAAAGGUCACCUACCCUCACUCAUAAUGGUGUAUAUUGUUAGCUAAAACACUUUUUUUUGGGGGGGGGAGGGGCGGGGUUGAUCCUAGCUUUGACUGGCACAAUUUGGGGAAUGUAUUUAGUAGGCCUGGGAAAUGCCAGGGACCUCACAAUAUGAAAUUAUCAUGACACUUGGGUGGAAAAUUUACACCUGUCAAAUGCGGGUAGAUUUUGGCGGUAGGAAUGUUAUUUCAGCAGCCACGUUGUCGGGUGGUUAUACAGAAUUUGGGAUGUUUUUUUAUUUUUUCAAUCCAAGGCUCAAAUAUAGAAGUUGACUUGACCUGAAAGGCUACAAGUGUGACGUUGUCCUUGUGUUUCUUGGCUAGUUGCAUUGUUUUGUUUACAUGCUUGUUUUUCAAUAUUAGUUUGCAACUGUCUGCUAACACAGAUUACCACAGUAAUGGCCCGUCCCUUAAAGGAGCAGCUGAACAUUUUGUCACACCUAAUGAUGCAAAUAUUUGGGGGUACAAUGUGCUUGCUUGAGCAUUGAAAACUCAAAUUUUAUUCAUGAACUUCUAGUAAUGUUAUUUUUAAAUGAACAAAUUUCUAUGCUCAAUGUACACUGCUCAAAAAUAUAAAGGGAACACUUAAACAACACAAUGUAACUCCAAGUCAAUCACACUUCUGUGAAAUCAAACUGUCCACUUAGGAAGCAACACUAAUUGACAAUACAUGUCACAUGCUGUUGUGCAAAUGGAAUAAACAACAGGUGGAAAUUAUAGGCAAUUAGCAAGACACCCCCCAAUAAAGGACUGGUUUUGCAGGUGGUGACCACAGACCACUUCUCAGUUCCUAUGCUUCCUGGCUGAUGUUUUGGUCACUUUUGAAUGCUGGCGGUGCUUUCACUCUAGUGGUAGCAUGAGACUGCGUCUACAACCCACACAAGUGGCUCCGGUAGUGCAGCUCAUCCAGGAUGGCACAUCAAUGCGAGCUGUGGCAAGAAGGUUUGCUGUGUCUGUCAGCGUAGUGUCCAGAGCAUGGAGACGCUACCAGGAGACAGGCCAGUACAUCAGGAGAUGUGGAGGAGGCCGUAGGAGGGCAACAACCCAGCAGCAGGACUGCUACCUCCGCCUUUGUGCAAGGAGGAGCAGGAGGAACACUGCCAGAGCCCUGCAAAAUGACCUCCAGCAAGCCACAAAUGUGCAUGUCUGCUCAAACGGUCAGAAACAGACUCUGAGGGCCCGACGUCCACAGGUGGGGGUUGUGCUUACAGCCCAACACCGUGCAGGACAUUUGGCAUUUGCCAGAGAACACCAAGAUUGGCAAAUUCGCCACUGGCGCCCUGUGCUCUUCACAGAUGAAAGCAGGUUCACACUGAGCACAUGUGACAGAGUCUGGAGACGCCGUGGAGAAUGUUCUGCUGCCUGCAACAUCCUCCAGCAUGACCGGUUUGGUGGUGGGUCAGUCAUGGUGUGAGGUGGCAUUUCUUUGGGGGGAUGCACAGCCCUCCAUGUGCUCGCCAGAGGUAGCCUGACUGCCAUUAGGUACCGAGAUGAGAUCCUCAGACCCCUUGUGAGACCAUAUGCUGGUGCGGUUGGCCCUGGGUUCCUCCUAAUGCAAGACAAUGCUAGACCUCAUGUGGCUGGAGUGUGUCAGCAGUUCCUGCAAGAGGAAGGCAUUGAUGCUAUGGACUGGCCCGCCCGUUCCCCAGACCUGAAUCCAAUUGAGCACAUCUGGGACAUCAUGUCUCACUCCAUCCACCAACGCCACGUUGCACCAGACUGUCCAGGAGUUGGCGGAUGCUUUAGUCCAGGUCUGGGAGGAGAUCCCUCAGGAGACCAUCCGCCACCUCAUCAGGAGCAUGCCCAGGCGUUGUAGGGAGGUCAUACAGGCACGUGGAGGCCACACACACACUACUGAGCCUCAUUUUGACUUGUUUUAAGGACAUUACAUCAAAGUUGGAUCAGCCUGUAGUGUGGUUUUCCACUUUAAUUUUGAGGGUGACUCCAAAUCCAGACCUCCAUGGGUUGAUAAAUUUGAUUUCCAUUGAUGAUUUUGUUGUCAGCACAUUCAACUAUGUAAAGAAAAAAGUAUUUAAGAUUAUUUCAUUCAGAUCUAGGAUGUGUUAUUUUAGUGUUCCCUUUAUUAUUAUUUUUUGCAGUGUAUUUGCGUUGGAAUCCUGAACUAAUAAUAAAUGAGCUGUAUCACUCAGCAUUUUGUGGCAGGCCAGGCACUAUGCUUCUUGAUGUUCAGUUGUAGAACUCUUUUUCUUUACUUUAUUGUAUCCAAAUGAUUUGUUUUAACAUGCAUUGGUUAAAAGAUGUUGCAUUGAGCAGUAUAUUACAUUACUGCUUACUAGUAAUAAAUUUGUUUUAGAAACAUUGCAAACACAUGUUUACUUUUUUUAUUUUAUGGGUGUAAUUAUGAGAAUUUCCCACCCUGCUUAGGUUAUACUAUGUAUUGCGUUUCUCACGAUUCGAUACUGAUUUUGUUUCAAUAUUCCAAACAUAUUGCUCACCAUAUGUCUGCUGCAGAUGGACAAGACUGAGCCAUGAAAUGAGUUUUGAUCAGUCAUUGAAAUAAAAGUGCUGAAAACAAAUUGGCUCCCUAUUUAAAAAGAUGGCAAACAAGCUAAUGAAGGAAAAAUACUAGAGUUUUGGUACAGCCAACUAGUGUAAAAAUAAUACUGUUAUUGUCAAUACGAUAUAGCGAUAAAUUAUAUCCUAUUGGGAUCCCAAGAAAUACUACUAUAUCCCGACAUGUAACUAUCGUGUUAUUUUUUUUAUCACUAGUGUGCGUGUAUACACAUGAACCUUUCGCCAUGAUGCCAUUACAUGCCUCUAUGCCAGUGAUCAACUUUUUUUUUUUUUCCCUAUCAUUUUUCUUGAGUGGAUGGUUGGGGUUCAGAGCAUAAUUACAACAUUUGUAGACUGCAAAUUGACCGACAAGCCCAAACUGAUGUUUUACUAAAACCUAAUCCUUGCUUAUAUUUGUGUAUGAUCACAUAUCUGAGUGGGAAUACUUUAGAACAAAUUUCCCAAAUUAAAAUCACUUGGUGUGUGUCCCCCCCCAACUAUUUUUGUUGCUCAGAACUUGGGGGGCAAUCUAUUGCAAUCUAUUGUGUUUAUUCAAAUGUUUUUUAAUUGGGUAUCUGAAUCAAACUCUUACCUCUUGCGCCAUCCUCCAGUCCCAUGAAGCGGAGGUUCUGAAGCACCUAGCUGAGAAGAGGGAGCAUGAGAAGGAGGUGCAAAGGAAAGCCAUGGAGGAGAACAACAACUUCAGCAAGAUAGCUGAGGAGAAGCUUAACCAGAAGAUGGAGGCCAACAAAGAGAACAAGGAGGCCCUUCAGGCAGCCAUGAGCGAGAAGUUCAAGGAGAAGGUAUGUUGGUAUCUUUUACAUGCAGAGCAGUCUUGCAGUGCUAAUCGGUGACCCUGCUACCAGUCAUUUUCAAUGGAGGACACAAGGAGAUGGUGAGCUUGUUCGCGACUGCCGACUAAUCUACAAACCCACUUGUGUCGUAAAUAACUAAUUAUUUGCAGAUCCCUCUGUCACAAUUUACACAUGAUGCAUCACGGUUUUGACGCUCUCGAACAUGACCGAUUUGAGUGACUUAAUGGUCUGUGCCUACAGCCAGCGACCAGAAUAACAUUUCCAAAGUUCAUGCAAAUUUUGGCACUGCUACACCCAAUCGGGAGGGUGCUGUUCUUGCUAGCAAGCUGUUGACCUUGGCUAAAAACAAAACUGCAAUCAUGCGUGCUGUUUGAAGGAUACUAAGGAUGGGCAUUUGAAAUAAUUUUAGUAUUAGAAGAAUUAUCCAGGUAGUGGAAAUGCAUGUUUGAGAAAAAAUGUUGGGGGGGCAAACUUCAAUGGAGACUUGGUCACGCGACGAGAGCCACGGUGCUCUGCUUGUGGGGGUGGGGUGAGAAGCAGGGGCCGGUGUGACAGUCUGUGGCAUGGCGGGAGCGAGAGAAGGUAGCCAAACUGACUUGUGCUAGUUAGACAAACUUGUUGCUGCCAUAGAUUAUCUAUCACACCAUCUGUUAGUGCCUGUCUUAACUGCAUCAAAUCGUUGUAAAGAAGCUAGCUACUGUAGCCAGCUAAAGUAGCGAGGCUAUUUUGCUGCGCUCCCCAUACAAUGUCUGCAACUCUAUUCAUAUGAAACAGCCUACCUGUUGGUUGAUCAUUGUAGCCUUCUAUUUCACAUUGAUUAGAAAUCUGCCACUUCAAUUGCUACGCAAGGAGCCUCUUACUGUAGUGCUGCUUUGAUUGACCGACAAUAACAAGCUACACCUGUGAAACAGGCUACACCUGUGAAACAGGCUACCGGUGCGUCUUUAUGGGGCACACUUUUAAAACUAUUAAAAUGCAAUGGUCUAUCACUGGAGGCUACGUGGAAAUGUCACAAUUUACAUUUUACACAGCUUUAACCAAAAAAUGAAUACUCUCCUAAGUCACUGAAUUCUGUUCAGUGACUUAGGAAAACGUCUGUUCGGAUAUUCAAAUAACUGUGCCCCAUCAACAACUUGACUAUCACUGACUAUCUACAAGGUGAGUUCAGAGUUGGUUCAGUUGAUCAACAUUUUUAUUGAUUCACACCAACGGUUAACAGCAAUGUCACUGGUCAACCACAUGACAAAUUGGUGAUGGAAAAUAUUAAUGAGUGUACGUUGUCACUGAGACAAGUCACACUUUGUACGGUCUGUUUAAAUAAUGCACUUUUGAAGGAUCUGUCACUAAUGUUUUGAACUUCUAUUUCUUCCCAGGACAAGAAACUGGAAGAGGUGCGGGCCAAGAAGGAAACCAAAGAGGGUGGUGCCGAGACAUCAGAAAACUGA